AUGGGGGAUGCGACCUGCCGCGAUUUCGUCGACCAAGCAAAGGAUGACCUAAUUCUUCGAUUUUCCACCCUUGAAUGUUCGAACGAUAAAGCGAAGCACGCUGAAGUAAUCUAUGUUGUGGGUGGAUAUGAAGAGAGGAGGGUCGAACGCAUGGAUCCUGAAGGUGCAAAUGCUGUAUGGCAGUACGUUGCUCCUUUGAACCAGAUAAGGUCUAAUGGCGGCGUUGCUGUUGUCGACAGGUUCAUUUACGCUGUGUGUGGCCAAGAUUGGAAUUAUGAUGCUUUGAACAGCAUUGAGAGAUAUAAUCCUGCAACUGACCAGUGGAUGUCUGACGUCGCUCCCUGUCACACUAGUCGAUUUUGGAUAGGUGUAGCGGCUCUGGAAGAACAUCUUUAUGCAAUUGGUGGCUGUGAGGAUCUUAGACGUCAAAGUCUGAACAUUGUUGAACGCUAUGACGUUCGGCGAAAUGAGUGGACAUCUGCUGCACCUAUGGGUUCAUGUCGACACUCCCUUUCUGUUUCCAUAUUAGAUGGUUGCCUCUACGCAGUUGGAGGGCGCAAAAGAGAAAUCGCUCUAAGUACCGUAGAGAGG